CUUGGAGGACACAUUCUGCCAAGGAACUUUAUCGUUUGGCAACUGUGUUGCGAUGAAGAAAGCGAAAGGAAAAAUCAAGUUUUGUGCGCAGUCCCUUCAGGCCAAGUUUGCCCUUCGGCGCAUGUACAUGAGCGGCGUCGACCUUUCCCAGCAACAAUUGGAAUUCGUCGUCGACUUUUUGGAACGGGAGACAAUUGUGCAUCGAAUGCAAUGGUGGCAACGGCUCACACAUACCGAACGCUUGGCCCUGGCAAAAGACAUCAAGCUCAAGUACGUGCACAAGGGCGAGACCGUGGACAUUCGCACCAACGAGCUCAAAGUGUCAUACGUGGUGCUUCGAGGUAGCGCCGAGGGCUACAUUCUCGACCGCCCCAACCAAGUGCCAGUGCACCUACGGGACGGAUCUGUGUUUGGCAACCUUCAUUUCAAUAAUGCAGUCCACGCCCAUACGAGUCACGUGGGAUGGGUCGGCGACCCCACUGGCACUAGCGGCCCCAAGUCCAAGUUCCAAAAGGUGGUGCUACGGGGGCCCGUGGACUGCUUGGUGCUGUCGGCAGAGAAUCUCGUCGAAUCCGCCACCGCGCUGGCCCACGUCACCACACACAACUGCCUCCAUCUGUUUGGCAUGUCCAUAUUAGAGCCAUACGUACGGUAUCGAUCGUUUGACGCCGGCGCAACCAUUGUGCAUCAAGGAGACGCCAAGAGCAACUUUUACAUCAUUGUCCAAGGCACGGCCAAAGCGACGUUCAAAGACGACUCGAUUGUCGCCGCGGACCGCCCGGUCGUGUCGUCCCUCCAACUCCCCGGCGCCAGCCCCCGCGCCCCCUACCCCAAAGAAUUGGAAGUCGCGAUCUUGGGCCCACAGUCGUACGUCGGGGACAUCUCCAGCCUCUUUGACCUUCCCGAGCCAGUGACUGUGAAAUGCACCACGGAUGUCGACGCCGUGUACUUUAUGCUCGACGAGCUCUACGAAGCGCUCAAGCCAUUUCCUACCGUCCACCACCGCAUGCAAUACGUGGCCUUCCGCACGCUGGAAUUCAUCGUCGAGCGACUGCAGCUACUGUUUGGCAUGGCGUGGUCUUCCCACUCGAAAACGCACGACACCCUCACGACCGCCCUGGCCGACUUUCAUCUCCCCCCACUUCCCCCGCUCUCGAACGACGAAGUGCCCGUGGCAGACGCGCCAGCCUCGUUGAAACCUGGUUCCCCCACGACAAAAUCCAUGUCUCCACAACGUCAGUCGCCCAAGAAACUUCCAACAGCGACGUCAACGGACCCUGGGUUCCAGCAUGUUCAAGUAGAUACAAGGGACAUGACCCCCAUAGAACCUACAAAGGACAUGAUAUUGGCCAUGCACAGCAUGCACUCGUCAUUUCGAAAGUCGGCCGCGUCCACGAUGCUUGUCCAGCCGCCACUGCUUCAACCCACCGACUACCUGCAGUUUCGGCAGCAGGACCCUCACUCCACCACAGCCCCAUUGCCUCCAUGUAUUCCGCCGCCGCGAAAAGCUAAAGCGAAACGAACCACCAACCAACUCUUCCUCUUUCCGACCAUGACCAAGCAAAGGCAAUAUCAUACGCGGAGCCUGCCCUUGCUGCAAAAGUGCUCGGGCAUUGAAACUCCGUGGUGUCAACCUCAAAAGUAAACAGCAAGCCCCCUAACGUCAAGUGUGCGUUCCUUGGUCAAAAUACGUGGCGAUUUGUCGUAAAACCAGGCCUUCUGUCUGAUUUGGUUUUUUAGACUUACGAGAAGGUUAAACGUAUAAAACCAUCUCAACUAAAUGCACAUCAUCA